AUGGAUCGAAUUACCCAAACUACUCAAAGCGACUCAGUUGUCAUCACCGGAAAGAAGACAAAUGCUCAAACCGACGAAGUUGUCAUCACCGAAAAGAAAUCAACUGCUCACAACAAUGUACUUACCUACAAGCAAAGAAAGUCAACCUCACCAGCCUUACUUGGCAUUCCAGCAGAAAUAAUCAAGAUGAUAGCAGAACUUCUUCCGGGAAAAAACGCUGCCUGUUUGACCCUCUGUAGCCGCAGUAUGAAAGAAAUGCUUGGAGACCGGUACUUGAUAGCUAUGAGAAUUCCGUAUAAACUAUUCAAUUUUAGUCCUAGAGUUGAAAUCACAUUUGUGGAGCUUUUGGCGCGAGACCUUCCUCAACACUUCGCAUGCUUCGAGUGUGACCGCAUUCAUCAAGCGAGAACGAUCAAAUGGCCCAAUAACACUAAAGACCAUCUCGGUUGUGAAACUUGCGCUCGGAGAAGGCAAAAUGUUUAUAUUCUCAGGCCUUCGUCGCCCUUCGAAAUACAUUUUGCUCAAGUUUACUUGGCGGCGAAACAACAUAGAACCGGCAUCGAUCUUGGACUUCCUCUUGAGGCUUUCCGACACCAAGAGGUUACACAUAGUCGGUUCUGGAAUGUAACGACUUUACUGUCUGUUGAUGCCCGGUUUGUUUCCAAUGAGCUUGUGUUGCGGUCUCAAACCUGGGAUUUUGUCCCUCUGAACCUCAAAGACAGAGACGCCGAGAUUCUAAAUUAUGGUGGAAUAACCACUAGAGCCUGUAAACAUUCAGACCGAUAUACUAAUUGUUUCUUUACACGAGGGCAAUGCAGUUAUUGUCGGAUGCACUUUCAGGCGAGGCAAAAACACCAUGGAGAGGCAGGAAUUGUGUUCAUACUUACAAGAUGGAUCAAUCUUGGAGCUGGUCUAGACCCCAAAGAUCAUAAGUGGCAAUCUCAUAUCAGUCGUAAAGGUCUGUUUCGCGCACACACACACCCUGUAGUCAGUAUCAAAGAAGCUUUCGAAGACCAGGAAGGAUUGUCGUUGGAAGAGUUCACUUCUGGUAAUGAGAAAUUGUUGAGAGAGUGGAGAGAUCAACCCUCGAAUUGA